AUGGCUGUAAAAGCCGUCCGCCCGCGUUCCGGUUCGCCCGGAGCCCCGCCCAGCGCACACAGGCCCCGCGGGCAGGCGGCCGUGCGUGUGACCAAGUGGCGAGGAGAGCAGAGUGCGGCAGAAGACUGUGCCGCCGCGGCCGCCGCCCACUGCCGGCCGGCCUGCUGGCUCCCGGGGCACCGCGUGGGAGCGCCAGCGGCAGGGCAGCCGUGGGCGGGACAGGCCGGGUCCGGGUCCGGGCCGCGGCCGCCCGUCACGGCGCUGCCGGGGCUCAGGCUGCGCGCGGCGCCCCCUCGCUCUCAUUCUUCCACUUGCCGUUGCAUGUAUGCCUUCCCAGUGUGA